AUGAGAAAAAUAUCUACAGGGUACACUCAAAAAGAAGUUAACACUAAAAAUGUUUAUGUAAGAUCUAUAAUUAUAAGUUUAGGGUGUUUAUACUUUGGCUAUAAUAAUGGUAGUUUUAACACAACUUAAUAGCAUAUUUCCUAUUUAAAUGGCUGGAUAACUGAUUAGCAAGUAGCUCUUUAUACAGGAUUAAUUACUUCAGCUUUGUCUUUAGGCUGUUUAGUAGGUUCUCUUAUAACUACGUAGUUCCUAAAGUCAACUAAAGAUGACCACAGACUUUGCUUAAUGAUUACUGAUGUAAUUGGUAUUUUAGGAAUUGUAGAAUAAAUAAUAGACUACAAUCUCGGGCAUUUUCUUUUAGGAAGAUUUCUCAGCGGUAUUGCAUGUGGCCUAAAUACCUCUCUUGUUCCUAUGUAUCUUUAAGAAUUCACUCCUAUAAUAAUGAGAGGAAAGACUGGUACCUUUGUUUAAACAUUUGCCUAAUUAGGUUCAUUUAUAAGUAUUUCUCUAGGAGUAAUUUAGCCUAUUUAUGAAAAGCCACCAAAAAAUGUAGAUAAAGCUCUUUUCGUUGAGGAAUCUUUAGAAAAUCUUAAUGUAUUUGAAAAGGAAGCAGCUUGGAGAAUCAUUUUAGGAUUACCUAUUCUGAUGUGUUUAAUAAGACUAAUAGCCCUGUUAUUUGUCUAUACUUAAAUAUCUCCAUUAUAAAUGGCUCAAAAAAAUUAAUUGGUAAACCUCAAAAAGCUUAUGAACUCUGUGUAUUCACCUAGAAGAGCUUUAAAAACGUACACAGAGAUCAUUACUUAGGCCUAAGAAUGCUUUGAUUAAAAAACAACCAAUGAUGAACAGUUUGAUAAUUCCUCUUAAUUAAAAUAAAUAAAAAGCUUGUAAAACAUUACUAGCACAAAUGUCUCUCCCACUAAUAAAAAAUUUAAAAUAGAGCUAGAAAUGAUUAAAUAAGAUACUUAACAAUAUAUUAUUGAUAAAGAUUCUGGUAAAAUCUAGUAGGGACAAAUAGAAAAAGAUAUGAAGAGAGAAUAAGAUUCACAAAGUUUAGAAUGUAUAGGCAGUAAUAAUUAAUCUCCUACUAACAAAAGAUUAAAAAGAGAUUUCAGUUAGAUAAAAUAAUAAGUUUUAUUUGAGCCAAGUAUUUGUAAAAGCUAAGAUUUAAAAUAAUUUUAAGAUAAAAAUACAAAUAUUGAGAAUUCCAGCAAACCUAAAAAUUACUUAAGCUCUAAAAGAAGACUCAUGUUAGGCUUAAUUAUUUAAACUGCCUCAAGAAUAAAUGGCUAAAUUUCUCUAACUUUCUAUUCUAGCAGCAUCUUUUAAACUUAGACCAGCAAUAUUUAUAUUUAUUUAAUUCUUUAGGGUGCAGCUGGAUUCCUUUUUACAUAUAUUUCUUUAUUUUUUAUUGAAAAAACUGGAAGAAAAAAAUUAAUGUUAAUUAGUACAUUUUUACUAAUGAUUGCUUAGUUAGGCAUAGCUAUUUUUUCAAUGAUCAACAUCUUCUAUCUUUCCUUUAUUUCUAUAAUUUUCUUUUUGUUUGCCUUUGGUAUAGGCCAAGGUGGCGUAACAUGGCCAUACACGGUUGAGCUAGUUAACAAAGAGCAUGUAAGCUAUUGCUCUGCUAUGAGAUGGGUGUGGGUUCUUGUUAUUGGUAUCACAUUUCCAUUCACAAAUUUAGUUUUAGGAUUUGCAGGAACAUUUUUUAUUUAUUUAGGAGCAACUUUCUUAUGUUUCCUUUAUUUCCUCAAAGAAAUGAAAGAAACUAAAAAUUUAACUCUAGAAUAAAUUGAUAAGCUUUACAGCAAUGAAUAAAAUGAAUAAGAACAAAAGUGA